AUGGAGGAAGGAUUCAUUGAGCACAUGGAUCAUACAAAACGGAGAGUUUCUACUUCUGACCAAGCAUUUUUGAACGUGUCCACCGGGCAGGAAAUAUUUCCAACCAGCUUAAAAAACAAUGGUUUUAUGGUCGUUGGCAUGUUCGCUGAGCUGGGCAAUUUGUUGUGGCCCCACCACCAACCCACCGCUACGCACAACUACGCACUGAUGAUGUCAUCUCGAUUGGUGAUGAAACGUUUGCAACCAAAUUGCCCAGCUCAGCGAACAUGCCAACGACCAACUACGCUACCUGAGCUACCGACAUUCUCCUCUAUAGAAAAACAACGGUUUUAUCUAACAUAA